AUGGGAGGCCGUGUAGGACACCUUUAUGAUGGACUUAAGUGGGGGAAGCAGAGUAUUCAUGGAGCUACUUAUGUUCAGGAAAUGACGGAGAAGGUAUGUGUUUUGAGGCUGAACAUGAAGGAAGCUCGGGAUAGACAUAAGAGUUGUGCGGAUAGGACGAUGCGAGAGCUUGAGUUUGAGGUUGGAGAUCGUGUGUAUUUCAAGAUGGUUAUGUUGAGGGGCCCUAACAGAUCCAUAGCAGAGAACAAGCUGAGUCUGCGGUUUAUGAAUCUGUUUCCGGUAGUGGAGCGAGUUGUUUUGGUGGUUCCUGUGAGGAUUCUCGAGAGGAGAGUCAAGGUUUUACGUCACAAGAAGAUACCGUUACUGAGAUUUUUGUGGGAUUGUAGCGAUACAGAGGAUGAGACUUGGGAGCCUGAGGCAAAGAUGAAGCUGAAGUUCAGGAAGUGGUUCGACAAGCAGGUCGUGGAGUGA